AUGUUGCGCCGCAUCAAACGCAAAGCCCCUCUUCCUCCCUCCAACGGCAACAACAGCAACAGCUGUGACCCCAAAGCCAAGCCCAGCUCUGAACCUGCUGACAGAGCAGCUCAGAAUGGGAAGAGGACCAGGAAGUUUGGGGUCAUCACGAGGACGCCAGGCAGCAAGGAGAGCAAAGAAAAGCAAGAGCACGGGAAUGGGCACUGUACCCCGAUGGAGGUGGAGGUGGCUCAACCGGAGGCCCCUGAAGCAGAAGUUAAUGCGGAGGAGCAGCUGCACAGCACCAGGGCACAGCACCGGUCCCGGCUGUCAGAGGGCAGCGUGAUGGACACUGCUGAUCAAUCAGCCCAGCGAGAAGGUUCCCGCAUAUGGAAGAUGCACAUCCUGAAGGGGACGGACGGGCUGGGGAUUCAGAUAACAGGAGGCAGAGGCUCGAAGCGAUCCCCACACAGCAUCAUCAUCACCCACGUGGAAGAGGGCGGCUUGGCACACAGGGACGGCAGGCUGACGGCAGGCGACGAGCUCCUGAUGAUCAACGGGCAGUCACUGGUGGGGCUGUCCCACCAGGACGCCGUGGCUCUCCUGCGCUCAGCCGCCGGCAUGGUGCAGCUGGUGGUCGCCAGCAAGGAAUCCGCUGAAGGGGAUUUUCUGAAGUACCCAUCUACCAGUUUGCCAGAUUUGCUUAGCACUUGCUCAGUCCAAGACUCUCUCUCUUGCACUGACAAUAAAGAAAAUGAAGAGCCCGAAGAAGAAGAUGUGAAGGGAGAGAAUGUGUCCCCUGAAACACUGGUUGCUGUUUCAUUUGCUCUGCUGAUGCCAAUGGAUGCCUUUUGAAGGGAGGAAUCUGAAUUUAUGGCUCUGAACUGUAACUGAAGGUCUACUGAGUAAAUGCUGUCAGUUGAUAAUCUCACCCACAUUCCCAUCAGGGCUGCAUUAAGCAGAGAUUAAGUGGAUUAUUGUUAUUUAUUUGUAAUGUAGCAGCUCUCUGAAGCUUCAUCAGUGUCCUGGGCCUCUGUUGUAUUGUACAAAUGCAAAAUAAAGUGAUGUUCUCAACUCUAAAGAGCUUACAGGCUUGUUUUCAGGCAUGAGAAAGCAUGUGGAUUCAAUUGAAACUUUUCUCUUUGUGAUUUUUUUCUUCUUGUCUCUCUCCCACCCCCCUUUCUGUGGCAACUGUAAUAAAUCUCUGAAACCUUUGGCUCAGAUGUGAUGUCUAGUUUGGUGAUUUGAUGUGUAUUCUUACACUUCUGCUUCAUGCUAUGAUCUGCCUGAUGCUGGUGUUCCUUUCUGCCUGAUGCUGG